AUGGCCGCAGACGUGCACGAGAAUGUCUUCAGUGAAGAGCAGCUGCUGCGACCAGAUGUUCAAGCGGAGGACGAGGAGCAGUUCACCCGAAGAGUGGCUGUGGUCACGCCUGAACCGCCCAAGUCCACUUGUCACUCAGAGCCGCCGGUGCACAGCCGCCGAAAGCGGGCCUCGGACCGCGCAAAGAAGAUACUCUUCUUGCUCGAGAGCAAGUACGACGUGCUCACCGAGGUCUGUGCGGAAUAUGAGGAUUGGAAGGAGGCCACUUCAGCGGCUGACUUCGAUCUCCUUUGGUGCGACACCGCGAUCCCGGCGGAUCGUUUCAUGAAGUUGAAGACGUUUCAAAAGAUGAAUCACUUCGUUGGGAUGAGUUCAAUCACCCGAAAGAACAAUUUAGGGCGGAAUCUGCUGAGAAUGAGGAAGCAAUUUCCUAAGGAAUACCGCUUCUUCCCAGACACAUGGAUCCUGCCCACCGACAUGUCUGAUUUUAAACAACAGUUUACAAACGUGAAAAAGCAGACCUUCAUCAUUAAGCCAGACAAUGGCUGCCAGGGCAAGGGGAUCUUCUUAAUCCGAGAUGUGGAGAAGGUGCCGGUGGACUUCUCCUCCACCUUUGUGGCACAAAGGUAUAUCAGCAAGCCAUUGCUCUUAGAUGGCUACAAAUUCGACCUCCGACUUUAUGUCCUCGUUUCUGGCUGUGAUCCCUUGAGAAUCUUCUUGCACAGGAAGGGACUGGUGCGAUUGGCCUCUGAGCAAUAUGUUGAACCCACCAAGAACAACCUGUCAGAAGUCAUGGUGCACUUGACCAACUAUGCCAUCAACAAAGCAAAUCCCAACUUUGAGGAGAACACCAACCCUGAUGAUGCUGAAGACGGGCACAAGCGAAGCUGGGAGGCGGUGCAAGAGCACUUGCGGAAGGAAGGGCACGACGUCGACACAUUGAUCUUGGAAAUUGAGGACUUGAUUGUCAAGACCCUCAUCGCUGUCCAGCCAAGUCUCUCCCACUUCUACCACAGCUGCCAGCCAGAAGACGUGUACAAUGGCAUGUGCUUUGAGAUCUUGGGCUUUGAUGUGAUGUUGGAUCAGAAGCUGCAGCCGUGGCUAUUGGAGGUGAACCAUGCGCCCUCCUUCGCGACGGAGUCCGAGCUGGAUCACCAAGUGAAACAUGAGGUCCUUCAAGACAGCUUUAACUUGCUGGACUUGAAUCCUGAAGUAAGACGCCAGAAGAAGCGGGAGGCGCGUGAACGGAUGGAGCAGCGAUCCUUGGGCAAGAAGCCCUGCAUUGAAGAUCGCAUUGCUCAGGAGCGCGAGUUCGCCUUGAUCCGAAACGACUGGGAAGAUGCACAGCUUCAAAACGGCUGCAGCGGGUACAAGCGCUUGUAUCCUUCUCCAGAGAAGGAGAAGGCAUAUUGGCAGGUGCAUGAUGCGGCAAUCAACAUUUGGGAGAUGAUGAUGGGUGGGACCUUUCGUCGAGCUGUCCGCCUGUCUGACCCCCUGGAGAAGCCCCCUGUGGAUGAGUCACGCGUGGCCGGGGCACUGUCAUGGCACGUCGUGGUCGGGGCGUCAUGUCACGUGGUUUGUGUUCUCGUUACGUUCGUAGCUUCUUGUGACUAG